AUGGCGCACACGGCAGAUCCUCUGCAUCUACUGCCGUCCGAAGUUGUGCUGCGCAUACUGGACUUCACCCCUCCGGCUUCUCUGGCAGCUCUCACCCGGCUCAAUCGAUCCUGGCACUCGUUCAUCGACCAAGAUCAUCAAGAUGCAAUCUACACUGCCAAGACAUCCCGUCCACAUGGAGCCAGGGACUUUACCUUCCUCGAGCAGACUCAGAGCUUCGCCAAGUACUAUUCCGGCGUGCAAACCUGGAAAGAGCUCUGCAAAAGGCAAACGCUCCUAUCUCGAAAUUGGACUAGUCGUCGCCCAGUGACUAGGGAGUCUAUCAUCCAAGUGGGCAAUGAUCCAGUAUGGCGAUUCAAGCCCGACUUCAAGCGCCGUAUCAUACUGUCCACAUCGCAAGCAGGAGGACUGAGCGUGACUGAUAUGGACACUGGAGAACUCCUCUUUCACAUGCUUCGCGACGUUGUUCGACCAUUUGCGCAUCUGGAAUACGAGGACGGCACAGCUGUCUUUGAUCGCGAGGGCAACGCUGUCGAAGUCUGGCGCAUCGAUGACAGUGCAGCAUCGCGCGGCGUACUCAGACGGAUUACAGUUCUUCCACACGAGAGAACCACACGUGGCUUCCAGCUUUCCUAUGGCAUGCUCUGCGUCGUAUCCUGCGAUGGUCUAGGCUUUGUCUAUGACAACAUGCUUGCCGGCGAACCGCGAGUCAUGACUCAAAUGACAAUCGAAGAAGGAGCAACCGGCCAUCUCCAUCAAUGCCUAGACACCGUAGCCUGGUCCCAGGGAACAAAAGGCUGCCAUUUUUACGACAAGACCUCUGGGCGGUGCCUUGGAGUCUUACAACCAGCGUUCUGCGCUGCAGGAGGCAACACAGACCGUUUCUUCCACAUACACCACAGCGAAGGAGGUCCAGACUUUCAGCUUGGCGAAGGAAGUUUUGCCGGUGUUGCAAGUAUCUUCCCUCCACAAAAUCCACGCCAAAACCGCACGAGCGAGAUUUCGAUCAAUGCGGGACCUACGCCCGUAGUCGAUGGAGAGUUCAUUCCAUUAGCAGAAGAUGAAUGGGGUGCUGGAAUGUUUGAUGGCGAUCUCUUCGCUGGUGUCUCACGAGGAGGCAGAGUUUUCAUCUGCUCAAACUGGCGAAAAGCACUCGAGGGUUCAACAUCUUUCGCUGCGAAUACCUUCAUGAUCGAAUGUGACUCGGAUGGCUCGACAUUUGAUCUUGGCGGCUGGCUAUCAGUUCGUGAUCGCCGAGUCAUGUUCGAGAUUCAAGAUCGCGUCUAUGUGGUCUCUUUGGACGAUGAAAACCGUGUUAUUUCCGGUGAUGACAAGUCAUCGAGACCAUCCUUCACCUUGGCUUCCUGCUUAUCCUCGCAAUUAGCUGUGCCGGUCAGCUUCAUGUCAUUAUACGACGAUUGCAUUAUGACAACCUACACGACUUUGCGGCACCGCGAUCGAUCCAUCUUUCAAUUGGCACAAAAUCGAAGAGGAGUCUUACCGACGAAGGUCAUACGCAUACUGAGUUUAGCCCCGGAUACUGCUGGCAACAACGAAGACACUAUAUUAGGAGCGGGUGCGGGGAACUCAGAAAGCCAGAAUCGCGACUAUCAGACUUUGCUUCGAGAAGACAUGCUUCAAUUCGUGCAAAUGUUGGCCGACGAGGCAGAAGAUGUUGAGGGAGAUGUGGAGGCGGCCUUGGAGCUGAUUGGUGAUGUGGGUGAACCUGAAGAUCUCGAAGCGCUGGAUUGA